GGGAGAACGAGAGCGGUAAAAAAAUAAAAAAUGUAAAGCCAAUGUUGAUGGUUAAAUCCUCAGAGUUUUUUACCUUCAUUAAACAAUUUUUUCUAAAUUAAAUUUUCUUUUUCAUUUUUAUGUUCUGGUAGCGAGGGAUUUUCUUUGAUCGGAUCGCUGGACUUUCCGGCAUUUGAAAAUGAUGGAGGAAUCUGCAACCACGGAUCCUCCUGCAAGUGAUGUAGAACUUGUGCCAGAGAAGAUCAAAGAUGCGAAAGAGGGAGGUCCAGCAUUUCACUGUGACCUUUGUGAUAUAGAACUAGUUUACAAGAUAGCUCAAGCAUUCUUCCCAGGUUUAGCUACAGCUUGUGUCGACAAUACAACAGGUGAUGUGUUCAGGUCCCCUGGUUCAGUGGCUGCAGAAAUUAGAAAAGAAAUGGUGGACUAUCUGACGCAAAGAAGUGAAACUUUUGUGGCAGAAUCUGUUGUCUUGGAAGCUGGUCCAGAGGCAGAAGCAUCUGACCAUCCUUACGAUAUCAUUGCUUGUUUUAUUGAUGACUUUGCGAGUUCAAAGAGGAAUUUGUUUAGUCGAGUUUCGGGAUGGCUACUAAGUGACAAGAGAGAAGAUAAGAUAGAUGAUUUUGCACAAGAAAUGGAAAUUAAUGGGUUUUGGUCAAUAGACAAGAGAGAAGCAAUUGUACAAACUUUACUGAAAAAUGUUGACUUCAAGAAUGCAUUUCACUGUGACAUGAAAUUUCAGUCAGCGGAUGAACUUGCUUUGCAUGUCUCAGCUUGUGGCUAUAGAUUAAUGAACUGCGAAAAUGAGGGGUGUAAUGCUAGAUUUUCAGCUAAUCAAGCAGAGAAGCAUGAUGCAGUUUGCCCUUUCAAGAUAAUUCCAUGUGAACAAAAGUGCUCAGAUAGCAUCAUGAGGCGUGAGAUGGACAGACACUGCAUAACUGUCUGUCCAAUGAAGCUUGUGAAUUGCCCUUUCUAUGCAUCAGGUUGCCAAUCAGCCAUACCUCAUUAUAAGAUUGAAGAACAUCGCUCCACAAACCUCCAUUCUCACUUGCUAUAUAUUCUUCAAGGCAUUCACAAGGAAGCAUCUGUGGAGGUUCUUAAAGAACGGGUUGAGCAACUGGAAAAGUCAUCUUCUGGUAAGCUAGCAGACAUCCGAGAUGUGAGAUCUCUAACAUUCAGAGUCAAGGAUCUUGAUGCACAGCUUGGACCCUUGGUAGUUACUGCAACAAACAAAAUUAAUGAAGAAGCCACAGAGGCAGCAGCAAAGCUUGAAUCUGUAGAAGCCAGUGACACAAACAAGGAUGUUGAAAAAGCUGUGCAAAUGGAAGUCAAAGUUUCGGAAGCAAAGCCUCCAUCAUUAGAAGUUGCUCCAACAAACAAAGAUAGCGAAGAAGCCACAAAAACUGAAAUCAAGGAUUCUGAAGCAAAGCUGCAGUCAUUAGAAGUUGCACCAACAAACAAAGAUAGUGAAGAAGCCACAAAAACUGAAAUAAAGGAUUCUGAAGCAAGGCUGCAGUCAUUAGAAGUUGCACCAACAAACAAAGAUAGUGAAGAAGCUUUAAAAAUUGAAGUCAAGGAUGCUGAAGCAAAGCCUCAGUCAUCAGAAGAUGAUACAACAAACGAAGACAGGGAAGAAGCUGCAGAAAGAAUAGUUAAUUAUUCUGAAGCAAGGCCUCCAUCAUUAGAAGUUACUCCAACUAACAAGGUUAAUGAAGCAGCAAUUGAGAAUUCAGUCAAAGAAGUUGAAGAAACACUUCGGCCUUCAGAAGUUCACACAACAAACAGAACUAGUGAAGAUGAAGGUAUGGAGACUUCAGAACAUAUACCUAACAAAGUUGAAAGGUGAGGUGCGAAUUGUUGGCUAAUAGUUCUUUAACCAGCCAUAUACAUUUCAGAUAUACAAGUGCAUGUGGUUUUUUCCCUAUAUCCUUUCUUUUUGUUGAAUUUUGCGGUUAUGUUCUAUACACUUCUUACCUUUUUGUUAGCUUACAUGCAAUUUUUUGCCAUACUUUUCAUUACAAUUUUGAGAGAUUAAACAGGAAACUAGCUUCUUCUCUGCUUUAUAAAGGAAAUUCAGAGGGGAGAUCCAGCUUGA